GCGCCGCAGGGUUGCCAUGGUGACAGGGACGCCUAGCGAGGCCAGGUAUAAUGAGCCCUCGCUGGAGGCUUCUCCCGCAAGCGCUCAGGGGGAGAAUCAUCCUCCAAUGACCUUCUCCCACUCAUCUGAACCCCACAAAUCUCCUGACCUUUCCACAUGAGGUGCAGUGUCCUUACUGCCUGUGGCAAUGAAGAAUUAUCAGGAGGGAUCUCAUUAUGAACCCACAAAAUCCAGCAAUGUUUGUCAAAGGGCAUUUGGUUUUGAAGGCAGUAAAGUGGGAGAGAGGGAGAAGAAAAGAAGAGGUUCUAUCAAAAUAUUUUUGUAAUGGAAAUGUUUUGUCCCCACUUUGCUAGAAAUUAGUUUAUAUUUUGCACUGGAAACAUGGCAGCCUUACGUACUUCACCGAUGAACCCAUUCCAAGAAUUUAUGGGGGUAUUGCCCCUGCAACAAGCAAAGGAGACUGAGAAGUUGGACAUGCAGCAGAGCCUAAAUGAGAAACCUUCAUUUUGCCCAAUUGGCAGUAUGCAGAAAGUUAACCAGAAAAUCGCACAUUUGCAAUUGGAGCUGGAAAAAUUCCACACUGAUGACCUGCAGCAAAAGCUUAGAGUCAGCCCUGGAAGCAGCAGCAAGUUGUGUGCAGGUGGUGCUCUGGGGCCACUGCUGUUCGAGCCACGGAGGAGCAGUGCCCGCACCUUGUGGCUGGGCUGGGCAGGCUUCGAGCAGGUGAUUGAGGACUUGGAAUCAUUAAAGAGAUACUCUGGACAGAAGAGAUUCAGAAGAGAGAAAAAGCACUUCAAGACAUCCAAGGACAGAGGCACACACAGAGAUAGGAAGGAGAUAUGCCACUUUACACAGAAGUAUGAGCACUCUAUGCAUGCGUCAGACUUUGACCCACUCUCUCAGCCUAAGCUCACCUACAAGAAGCCUCAGAAUACAUCAGAAAAGAACAAGUUGGUGGAACUGUAUCAAUACCCAGGGUACGACGAGCAUGAGCCAACACCGCUGCCUAAUGGGACAGAGCUGGCUGAAGUCAUAGAGAAGGUGGUGUGUGCCCAGAGAAAGUCAGCAAGUGGGAAGACUCCUUUUCCUUCAAAGAUGCUGCAGAAGUUUCUCACAACUCCAGUCUCCCAGGCUAUCCUAUUGGACAGCUUCUGGUGGUUUUUUCUCCACUUAUAUCAGCCAAAUAGAGAGAUUCAGGGACAGCUGUUUGAUCGCAUUGCAAAGAAUUAUGCCGCCCUCCUGUUUGACUGUCACAGGUUCCGCUACCAGAAUGCUCUUAUUAAAGUUUUCCCUUCAUUGCUGAGCCAAACCUUGUACACCUGCUUCUGCUCCAGCUUUCCAAGAUCUUGGUUCAAUACACAUGAGUUCAAGUCCCAGCUCUGCAAUGUGCUGUCAGAGUGGAUGGCAGGGACACUGCCUGUCCCAGGCAGCUACAGUAACUGGGACUACUCCCAUCUGGAACCAGAGAGAUUUAGGAGGGAAGACUUGCUGUCAACAAAGGGAAAGCAGAGGAAAGAAUCCUCUGUCCCCUUUGCUUCCUCAAAGGUUUCUGGCAACCCAGAAAAGACUCCUCAGCCAUCCAUUCAACCAUACAAGAAAUCCAUGUUUUUGGGCCAAACUGUCAACAAGUACCAACCUGAUCAAACAAGUGUGGACCUUGACUCCAAGGAAGUUGUACAUACAUCUAUGUCCUUGAAAGGCAUCAAUCCUCAUACCAUGCCACAUGAUCUGCAGCCUGAAAAGGAUGACCUGAAAAGUGCUUGGAAACAGCCCCAACACACAUUUGAAACAAGGCGGCUAAAGAUCGCCCCCCUUCAUAGAGAGUCACACCCAGCUUGUCAGGGCCCUGACUUCACUUGGCAUCUCUUUAAUAUCAAUGGACACAGCCCACUAAUUCAGCACUUCCUCCAGAGCUAUAAUGUUGAACCACAGUCUGGACAAGACAUCUUGAUUCACAGGAGGGAGAUCUGCAAGCCUAUACCGGAGUCCACUCCAACCUACGCAGAUGUGAUCCAACAGAGUUUUAAUCAUAUUCGCUGUCUGGACAAUGCAUUCAAAAGAGUGCACCAGAGACACUGUAGAGAAAUGAAGGAUUUUGACCAGCACCAGUGGAAGGAGAAGCAAGAAUUCCUCAGAAAAGAGAAGCAAUUGCUGUCAGAGAAAGGAGAGAUGAGGAAGCUGAACCAAUUGCUGACCCCUCACCUGGAUGUACUCUUCAGUUCUGACAAGACUUCAAGUCUGCAGAAGUGUCUUCAUCCAGAAACAACCAUAAGUCAAACAGCACCCUGAGCAACCAAGAAUUCAUGAUUCCCCCAACAUACAUUGACAUAAAUGUCCAUUCAGACCUUCAUAUGCAUCUUAACCGUAUAUUUUGGGCAGCCCACCCUAAAGCUUUCUCCACCAGUUAGGAACAGAGAAACCUGAAAAAAUGUGAAGAGUCAGUUCACAGAAGUACUCUGAGUUUAAAAGUUUGAUUUCUAACCUCACUGAUCUGUAAAACUGGGCUGGAAAAAUUUUAUAGCAUUGCAAGAAUGGAAGUAAUAUGAAAAUGAAAAGUCACCUGAAUAUAAUAGUUUCAUAGUUUGGUUCUUUGCCAAAGAUUUGAGUUGUUCCUUGUUUUAUCUAAAGUGGCUUGGUCCCAGGCUGAAAGGCAUUGUAGUUCAGACUCAGUGCAUCCCCUUGCCAACACUAUACAGUAGUGGAGCUGUGCUGGCCAGCUGCAGACCCUCCCAGACAGGAGGCUCUCUGUGCUGGUGAAACCUGCAAUGAAUCCAGCCCUGUGUCUCGGUUUUCCAUUGUAUAAAAUAGGAAUAUUUUAUCCAGGGCCACCUGGGGCGGGGGGGGCAAGUGGGGCAAUUUGCCCUGGGCUCCGCAGGGGCCCCCACAAGAAUGCCAGAGGCUUCCUCCCUGGCCUGACCCUGCCUCUAUCCCUAUCCCGGAGCCUCAGUGCAUCCAGGAGCGUCGCUGGACAGCGCUGCAGCGUGGCUCCAAGGCCUGAGCCCCUCUGCAUUCAGAGCUCUGUGGUAAGGAGGCGGGACUGUGAGCUCCAGGUUGAGGGGAA